UUGUAUGACAGGGACCUUUCGCAGCCCCGGAACCAAAAGCUCGCGGGCCUCAGUUGCGGGCGGACGUGGGCCCGGCCUGUCCGUCCGUGCCAGGUUCCCCCGCGUCUGGGACGACUGGCGGGAAAGUUCAGGUUCGCCGGCAGCAGUGGUCACCUCUGGCCGGAGUCCGAGGCCGCCGGCUCUUCAGAUUUGUUGAUCUACAGAAUGCUUCGGUACCUGUAUUUUUGUAGACCAUAUAAAAAGUGUUUUUCAUACUGGUUGGAAUCUGACAUAGUUAAUUUAGGUGUCUGGCAAAGAAAAUUACACACUACAGCAAGAAGGUGUAAUGAAUAUAAAGCCCAAGAGCAAGCAGGUCAAACUGGAACUCAGGAAUUACACACAUCUCAAAACAGAGAUUCGGAUGCAGCGGCUAAAUUGCAUGUUCCAGUAAUGGUGGAUGAAGUUGUUCGUUGUUUGGCGCCACAAGAAGGGCAGGUUUUUCUAGAUAUGACAUUUGGUUCAGGCGGACACACAAGAGCCCUUCUCCAAGAGGAACCAGACAUUGCAGUGUAUGCCUUAGACAGAGACCCAGCAGCCCAUGCGCUCGCCCGGCAGCUUUCACAACUCUAUCCUAAACAGAUCCGAGCUCUGCUAGGCCCAUUCAGCCAGGCGGAAGCGUUGCUAUUGAAGGCUGGAGUGCAGCCGGGAACUGUGGAUGGGGUUCUUUUGGAUCUUGGGUGUUCCUCCAUGCAACUUGACACUCCUGAAAGAGGAUUUUCCUUUCGGAAGGAUGGUCCCUUAGACAUGAGGAUGGAUGGUGGCAGGUACCCUGACAUGCCCACUGCUGCUGAUGUUGUGAACGCCUUAGAUCAACAGGCUCUUGCUUCCAUCCUGAGAAGAUAUGGGGAAGAGAAGCACGCCAGGAAAAUCGCAUUAGCUAUCAUUCAGGCACGGGCCACAUACCCGAUCACCAGAACCCAGCAGCUUGCCAGCAUCGUAGCAGGUGCAUUUCCUCCUUCUGCUAUUUAUGCACGGAAAGACUUGCUACAACGAUCGACCCAUAUUGCUACCAAGACUUUCCAAGCACUUCGCAUCUUUGUGAACAAUGAGCUCAAUGAACUCUGCACAGGACUCAAGACAGCGGAGAAGUUUCUGAGGCCCGGUGGCCGCCUUGUUGCCAUCUCUUUUCACUCAUUAGAGGAUCGAAUCGUCAAGCGCUUCUUGCUUGGGAUUAGCAUGAUGGAAAGGUUUAACCUAAGUGUCAGACAGAAGAUGGCGGAAACCCUGGAUUCAGAGCAGGAAAACAGGGAAGGAACCACGCCUCUUGCGUGGGAGAUGAUCCACAAGAAGGUGCUGACGCCCAGCGAGCAGGAAGUGCAGCAGAACCCCAGAGGGCGCUCGGCCAAGCUGCGUGCUGCCCUCAAAUUAUGAGGAAUGGGCCUAAGUGAUCCUCGCCUUCCUUCCUGCAGCCACGAUCCCGGCACUGCAGCCAUCUUAAGCGCGAGGCACGUGGAAACUGAUGCUAUCCACCACGUGCUUUUCUCAGAGAAAGUUGUAGAGGAACUUAGAUGACGUGGAGAUACUGAGUAGGAAGCAGCAGCAUCUCCACACUGGGAAAAUGCCUUCAUCUUUGCAUAAUCUAUGAGUUUUGAGACUCAGUCCUUUACUUGAUAUGGAAAUAAUAGAAAAACAUUUUGUAUUUGUGUAAAUAUGUAAACUGAAGUUGUCAAGCAGAAAGAAAUUGUAGUCCUAUCUGUAUGCCUUAAAUUCAGAAGUUAGAUGUUCAUACUAUGGCUCAAGAAAUUAAUAAUAAUCAUGAAAUGAAUUUUGAUUUCCCUAAUUGUAGAUAACUGGUGCAGCUUUUUCAGAUACAGGCUUUUUACAAAUUUUACUUUUUUAAAUUUCACUUUUGAGCCAGGCG